UUGACUCGUGUUUUAACACGAGAGAGCAAACUUAUUUUAAAAAACUCCAAAUCCUAUAUUGCAUUGCACCAAAACAUUUCCUAUUUACAGAUGAUGUGUUCCUAAGAAAAGUUUAAAGGAUGUACACCCUGCUGUCUGGUCUCUACAAGUAUAUGUUUCAGAAGGAUGAGUUCUGUAUCCUGAUCCUUGGACUGGACAAUGCAGGCAAAACUACCUUCCUGGAACAAACCAAAACCAAGUUCAGCAAGCACUACAAAGGAAUGAGCUUGUCCAAGAUAACGACCACAGUUGGCCUGAACAUUGGCACGAUAGAUGUGGGGAAGGCACGUCUUAUGUUCUGGGAUCUGGGAGGACAACAGGAGCUGCAGUCACUGUGGGACAAAUACUACGCAGAAUCUCAUGGAGUGAUCUAUGUGAUCGAUUCUACAGAUGAAGAAAGACUGUCUGAAUCUAAGGAAGCUUUUGAGAAAAUGAUCAGCAGUGAAGCAUUGGAAGGAGUCCCCCUGCUAGUUCUGGCUAAUAAGCAAGAUGUGGAGAACUGCUUGUCUGUACCUGACAUUAAAACGUCCUUUAGUGACUGCGCUGCUAAAAUUGGAAAGAGGGAUUGUCUUGUUCAGUCCUGUACGGCAAUUACAGGUCAAGGUGUCAACGAAGGGAUUGAAUGGAUGGUAAAGUGUGUUGUUAGAAACAUUCACAGACCCCCCAGGCAGAAGGACAUCACAUAAAACAGCUAUUCCCAGAAAAUAUCUCCUUCAGAUUUGAUGCUGUUUUCAACCACUCUGUCUGGUCCAGAAGGUGAUUACAAUUGUCUACCUGCAAGCAAGGCUUGGUCUUUUUCUUUUUCCUUCCUUUAGAAAAGCACACAUUUCAUCUUCAAGAGCAGUCACACCACCCCACAUGAGUGUCCAUAAAUCUUUUGUAUACUGUGUAUAUGAUUAGAACUUUAAUAGCAAAUAUAUUUACAAUGUUUGAUUUGGUUCACACACUUUAUUUCUGUUGAGGAAGACCCUGCUGUACUGUAAACAGAAGAUGAAACCCUUUUGAAACCCUCUCCCUCAAGCCAGUCUGUUAAAUUAUAGAAAGUAUUAUAACAUUCCGAUGUAGAAUCAUCACUAAUAAUAAUGCUUAAUUACAAUUAGCUUUUAGGUAUUAGUUAGCUGUGUUCAGGAUAUGUACAUGCACCUUUAACACUAGAAGACACGGAGCUAUUCUCAUACCUAGAAGCCCCGCAGCAGUCUUUCUGACGGCUGUAUUCAAAACACUGUAAAUAGUAUAACGAAAGGAGAAACAGUCGGUUGUAAUUAGUUUUUAUUUUACUGAGUACUUUACAUAAAUAUCUGAACAACUGAAGCAUAUAUAUAUAUAUAUAUAUAUAUAUAUAUAUAUAUAUAUAUAUAUAUGUACACACACACACACACAUAUAUACACAUACAUAUGAACAUUUAUUUUACAAAUCAAAACAAGAAAAUGUAAAUAAGUAAAUAUCUGAACAGACAUCGGUUUACAACAUACAUAUUUAUAAAACUGAAACGAUAGCAAUACAUUUUUAACUUUAAAACCAGCAAUCGGUUUAUUCUCAGAUGCGCAAAAGCAUCUGAACAACGUAGAUAAAUAAACUUAGAAGAAAACAUUUUACAGAAGCACACAGCACAAGAAGUUGUAAAAAAAAGUCAAAUUUCUUUUUCUUUUUUUUUUUUGACAAAAUGGUAUUCCUUUACCUUGAGUCUUAGGCUGUUCACAAUCAAUACAGAUAAUGCGCUUCUCCACGCUGCCUUUCUGCACAGGGCACGGCUGCCCGAAGUUUUAUUUUUUUUGCACGUGCCAGCCUGGCAGUGGUGUCUCUUGAGGAUCUCAGCGGGGUUGCCAGCUUCAGCUGUGGGUACAUGCUUGGCAGUCUCCCUCUGUUCCAAAUGCUUCUUGCAAAGUUCCUGUGCUAACUGUAAAAUAUAUUCUCUCCUUGGUAAAUUCUGCUCUGUGCAUUCUUUGUAAAGUACCCAGGAGUUGAUGGCUGCUAGGUCCAAUACAUUGUAAAACACCUGAACAGGCCACCGUCGGGAGUCAGCUUUCACAGAAUACUUCCGUGCCAGCUGAUCCAAAACAUCAACUACAUAUUUUCUUGCGUUGUAACACUCCAUGGUCUCUGGUAUUUCUUUUCACUAGUCCCGAUGCUAAUUGACUGACCAAAACAGCACAGCUGGCAAGCAGGCGCCAGCCUUUGAAAAGGCUGAUUGAAAAACAAUAGACUGUCAGUCACUUACUCAGGCAGACUGGUAAAUAAAAAUAAUAAAGUAGAAUACCGUUCUGUAUAAUCACAAUCCAGUUGUUUUCUUUGUGGCCGUCAAUGUGACUGCUCCCGGGGGCUUUUAGGUAUAAUGUAAUAUAUCUCCUUUAUUUCUGCACUCCCGCGUUUCAUGCUUUGUGAGAAUAUUUAAUACAUACGGACAGAAAGGUACACGAACGCACAGCCCCAUAUGUGUUACACGACUGGAGAAAAUUACAUUUUAAAACCAAAAUGACUGCCGCAGGGCUUAGUGUUAACAUGUUGUUUUUCUGAAUAUUGGUACCGAGUUGUAUUGUGAAAUAUGUAUUACAACUUUUGAACCUGGUUGACUUUAUUAGGUCAAAGAUGGAAUAGAUUAUAUGAAAAUCUUGCAAAAACAUUUCCAGUUCUUACUAAUCAUAUCAUAUUUGCUGCACACACAUUAUGAACAGUUCAUAUCUGUAAAACAUAACUCAUGCCUUGCCAUGUAUUGUUGUUAAUGCCUAGCAUUCCUGUAUUUCUGAGAAUUCCCUUAGUGAAGUAUUGCUUUCCUGUAGUACAUUACAGGAAAAGAAAUUUCCAGGAAACCCUGUUCAAGCCAGUUUCCCUUUCCUCUAAAAAAGUCCAAGUAUGAAAAAUAGGCAGUGGGGGGGAACAAACAAACACACACAAAAAAAACUAAAUUAUGUUUUACAUUUUUACACACCAAUUGAUACCUUAAUGAAAAGCUGUUUUAAUUUUAUUUUUUGGUUUAUUUUAUCCUAUCAGUCAGUUUUCAUUCUGUUUUCAGCAUAUCAAAUUGAAGACACCUGUUAGGGUGUCAUAAAUAAAAAAAAAAAACAGGUACUUCAAAACUAAAAUAAAGUUGUUGUUUUUUUUUUCUAGAAAUAAGUUUUUGUAACAUUUUUAGUAAAUCCAAAACGUAGCAUUUCAACAUCUUUUAAGGUCAAAAACGUUAUCUCCACCUGAGUGAAUUUCAUGUGCAGUAUUGAAAUAUCUAAUGUAAAAAGUUAGUUCUGAAAAAUAAAAAAAAAAAAACUACAAUAUGGAUCACCACAAAUCUUGUGUGACAUUCUUUGUACAGCCUGACCUAAAUAACACACUUAACAUACUUGGGCUAAGUCAGCAAAAUGUCAACAUGGAAACUAUUACUGCUGAUCGCAAAGAUUUAUCUUAUGCAAGCUCACAUGACAUUUUAGAGCCAGUCCAAUCUGACUCAGUGUUAUGAUUGAUCUGACAAAAAAAAAACCCUCAUAACUUAAGAAUCUCAAAUGUUUACUCAAAUGAAUCAUGUCUUUUAAAAAGCUAUUAUGUUGUGAAAAAACGUUCGCUUAUAUGGACCAGUCAAGUCUAUAUAAUUUUUAUCUCCAAAAUAAAAGUAAUCUUGCUGCCAUGUUUUGUCAUUGAGAUCAUGAUUUUUUUUUGUGGGAAUCCUUUAAAAGUACAAAACCAUUCAUGAAACCACCAAACCCACGCAUUACAAACGUACAUACAGUACAGAUCAAGCCUCAUUAAUUAGGAAUCCCUCUGGGCUGAUCUUAAUCUUAAAACAGGAUGAACAAAAGGUUUUCAACCUAGAGGAGUGUCACGGACAGCGUUCAUGUAAUCCAAUUGCAGGAGAUUUUACCCACAGCUGUUUCCAUAACACUUGAAAUAUGAAGUCGAUGUCUGAAAUGGUUUAUGAGAUGUUAGAAUUUGAAAGUUAAUGAUGAAUCACAGGGCAUACAAUUAGGUCUUGUAUUUUAAAAGGGGGGUGAAUGGAUGUGGUUGAAAUAUGUGACACUGCGCUCGUAAAGUAAAAUAUAUUCUGUAUGUUGCUGUGACUCAGUCAGAGACAUCUGUUGAGGCCAGUUGCAGCUCAAAUUAAACGCCAAAUGAGACCUGAGGAGACGGUCUUCAUUUUGUAUUCAAAAC